AUGAGGAAAGACAGAGUUAUAGCUUUUAUGCUUACCUUUGUCGUACUUCUCAUAUUAUGCACAGGGGCCAUAGUCAUGCAGAGACGUUCGAGGGGUUCUCAGAGUUACCGUACCCCAUAUAAGUCAGGCUGCUGCACUAGUGAAGUUGGCGAUAAAAAUCCUUCUCGGGGCGUUGCUGCCAAAGAUAGGACUCUUCGUUUCCGUUCUCUAACUGGGACAGUGGAAGAAAAUGAGGAUGUAAAAAGCAACAGCUUUGUGUUGGCUCCCGGAGAAAAUCAUGGUCUAACAGGAAAAGAAGAUUUUUCUCAUGCUUCCAACAGAGAACCUAUUGAAGAUAAGCUAUUUAGGCGCAGUCCAAGAUUAAUUUCAUUCGAUGUCAAAAAAGGGGAUUACAUUGGAAGCUGUCUAUUCGAACUGUUAAGAAAAACUAUUGAUAACAUCUGUGAUAGCACCCCUGCGGGCCAAAAGAUACACAAGACAUUUGAGGUUAAUUCAGAGCACACCGGACUUAUUAGUCAUUACAUGAAGUAUCUUAGAGUGUUUUCGCGUAGACUUGAGGUGCUGUAUUACGACAAUCUUGAGGUGGAAGACAUCUACACGCCAUAUUCCGACUCAAUUGACUGCUUUACAGGAAUCAAACUAACAAAAUACCACACUUCAACUAACUUUACUGAAGAGGAACAAAAAUACAUAUCGUACAUAAGGCAGUUUGUGGACCCAGAGGCGGAAAAGAUUCCUAUAAAAAUAGAGUCAGAGGCUCAAUCCCGCUUGAAUGCUAUGGAUCACAUAGUAUAUACGUUACUUCACUAUAUCUCCCUCUUCUACUCAAAAUCACAGAACACUAUGGAUAUGCUUUACGCAAAAGUAAGAGCCGAGAGAACAGGCACAUCUACUACUGAUCCGUCAAGAGUCAUCAAUGGGUACAAAUAUAGCGAUAUAGUGGAGAGUGUGAGACCAAUUCACUUUGUAAAUACCAAUGCCUGCAUAGUAAAGCCAUUGAUAGUGAAAUAA